UAACGGUCAUUCACGAGGGCAGAAAUAUAGUGUGCCUCUGAUUUAUCAAUGAUAAUGUUGCGUGCAACAGUUUGAUAAACGACAAUAAUUUGUUGUGCACGGAAAUCCUGUAGAGAUACCGAAGAGUCAAAGGGACGGGCUGCACCAAUAGCACACUGCUCUUGCCAUCUUUUUUGCUUGACUUUCUCCUCCCACCACUUUUGUGUGAGAAUUGCAGCGAGCCACCAGCCUAGGAAAAUCGGUUAUCCGAAUACUCCGUGGAAAGGGGGUGGCAAAGAAGAGCGAUUAGGCUGAAGAUAACUGUUUUGUGGGGAAAGACGAUUUGGUUUGGAGAAGUUUCUAAAGUUUAGUUCACAAUGUCUUUGUCGGUACCCCAGAAUGGAAUCAAGGCGGAUAACGAGCCCGUUAUCGAGCUCUUUGUGAAGGCGGGAAGUGAUGGCGAGAGCAUCGGGAACUGUCCGUUCUCACAGAGACUCUUCAUGAUCCUGUGGCUAAAGGGAGUGGUGUUCAACGUCACCACAGUGGACCUGAAGAGGAAGCCUGCAGACCUCCAGAACCUGGCCCCAGGCACACACCCUCCCUUCAUCACCUUCAAUGGGGAGGUCAAGACCGACGUCAACAAGAUCGAGGAGUUCCUAGAGGAUGUCCUCAGCCCACCCAAGUUCACCAAGCUUGGCACCAGACACCCGGAGUCCAACACAGCUGGGAUGGACAUCUUUGCCAAGUUCUCAGCCUUCAUCAAGAACUCCAAACCAGAUGCCAACGAGGGUCUGGAGCGUGGGCUGUUGAAGACCCUGCAGAAGCUGGAUGAGUACCUGCGCUCCCCACUGCCUGACGAGAUCGACCACAACAGCAUCGAGGACAUCAAAAUCUCCACUCGCAAGUUCCUGGACGGUGACGAGAUGACACUGGCUGACUGCAACCUCCUGCCCAAGCUGCACAUCGUCAAGGUGGUGACCAAGAAGUACAGAGGCUUUGACAUUCCCAAGGAUAUGACGGGCAUCUGGCAGUACCUGCAGAACGUCUAUACGUGUGAGGAGUUCACCAACACCUGCCCCAGCGACAAAGAGAUUGAGAUCGCCUACCAAGACGUGGCCAAGAGGCUGGUCAAAUAGGGCUAUUCCACCCCCCACCCCCCCUCGGCACUGGGACUGGUCUGUUCAGACACGAGAAAGAACUAUGGACUACCUUUCCUUCACUCAUUUAAAGCAAACCUAAUGCAUAAAUCUCUCUGUUCCUACCGUUCCCUUUUCAUUUUUAGAAGAUUUCUUGAGUACAUGAAGCUCAAAGGUCCAUUGGUUGUUACUUUUUUGUUUUCUUUUUGUUCUGAUGAUUGUUUCGGGGGCAUCUGACUGGCGAGGCGGUCGAGCUACCUGCCAGAUUGGACGCAGGCUGGUGUGUAUCCGAGCUUAUCAGUUUUGGAGGGCCAUCGACACACACUAUAAAGUGGCCUUCCGGCUGACACUGUUUCCACACGGGAAUAUGGUCACAAGUGUUUUUUUUCUUCUGUUGUCUGUUCAAUAUUGAUAUGCAUUUCAUGUUUGCUUUGAAAGUAACCAUUACAAGACUGAUUUUGUGUGUUGGCUAAGGAGUUGGUUUAAAGAGUGUUGAAAGCUUCAGUGUUUUUGGCUCUAGAGAGUAAAUGAGGGCAGGUUUCACUGCAUGUACUGCAUUAGACGCUAGGCCAAACCACAGUUGACAUAUCAGCGCGAUAUGCUUCAUUUUACUGUUGCGUUGCUUGAGUCAAUUGGUAUAACUAUAAUACAGGUAAGGCUACCUGUUGUACAUGCUCUGAUACCAUUUACUCCAUAACCUUGUAUGUGGACACAUGGGUGCAAACAUCCAUGACAAUUAUGCUACCUGAGCUCAGUCUACAGUAGGCUUAGAUGUACCUGUGCCAGGUCCUUAGAUGUUUUCAGCUCAGAACAAGGGAACCUAAGAUGCUUGAAAUAUUAGAUACUAUGUAGCAAACAAAACCAACCAUUUAGACUUGUAUGGGAAUACAAACUGUCCUUCAUCACUGCAUUGCCUCAUAUCACUGCUCCAUAUAGACACUGACUCGUAUCACUGCUCCAUAUAGACACUGACUCGUAUCACUGCUCCAUAUAGACACUGACUCGUAUCACUGCUCCAUAUAGACACUGACUCGUAUCACUGCUCCAUAUAGACACUGACUCGUAUCACUGCUCCAUAUAGACACUGACUCGUAUCACUGCUCCAUAUAGACACUGACUCGUAUCACUGCUCCAUAUAGACACUGACUCGUAUCACUGCUCCAUAUAGACACUGACUCGUAUCACUGCUCCAUAUAGACACUGACUCGUAUCACUGCUCCAUAUAGACACUGACUCGUAUCACUGCUCCAUAUAGACACUGACUCGUAUCACUGCUCCAUAUAGACACUGACUCGUAUCACUGCUCCAUAUAGACACUGACUCGUAUCACUGCUCCAUAUAGACACUGACACUCUUGGCAGUAAUGCUCAUUUUGCCCAAAAUGAACAUAUUUUUUCUCUCUCUCCUGUACAGUAUGAAGGGAAAUGUUUAGCUUGUGUUGUGCUGGCAGCAGUGGUAGUUUUAUAUUACACUUCAGCCACCGAAAAGGGGACAUUUUAUUCGGGUCUCACUGUGGAUUGAAUGACUCCUGUUAUCUAAACUAGUGAAGUAACAAAAACACACUCGCCAUCUUUCUAUCGCAUACAGAAGACCCCCGAUCAGCCAUCAGAAAUGGUGACACUAAAGAUAUUUAUGAGAAUAGGCAUCGGUGCGAGGAGACAGUCAUAACAUUACCAAUCAUUUAGGAUUUCAUUUUCUCAUUAUUUAGAAUGCUUUCAAAGGUAGUGAGUGUAUUCUGUCAUAGUUUCAAAAUGCUUUAGUGUGGCUAAAGCAAAAAUAUGUAUCGUUUUGUUUUUUCUCCCCUUUGCCAUCCUUUCGGACAUUUGUUGUUAAACAAAUUUGAUAAAAGGAUUUGUAAAUAUUUGUUUUGAUUAUUCAGAGUUCAAUGUGUAAAUUGUAUACAUUCAUUGGUUGGUUUGAAUUGGGGGGGGUGGUGUAAGCCUUUUUUACCUGCUUGGGUUUUAGUACUAGAAGACAUCUCCUCUGGCCUUUAUUUGUUUUCUCUUGCUCAGACGGUUUUAAAAAUCUCUGCAAAUACGACAUGUGUAUGUCAAUUUCAGAAGAAAAGAUCCAGGCUAUGUCAUGGCUUUUUUUUAAACAAUAUUGACAUUAUUGAAAUAAACCUAUUAUUGGCA